UGGUGCGUAAAAAGUGGGCGUGCCCGAACACAGGGAACGGAAACAGACGUGUGCGUGUGUGUGUGUUUGUGGGUGUGAGUGUGUGUGUGUGAAGCUGUGACGCUCAACAGAAACGCCAGAGCUGCACAAUAUGACCGAGAGGACGCGUGUCAAGGUGCGUGGAUGAUACCUGAGGAUUCCUCCUGCAGGAAGGAUCCUCACUUGGACUUUGGCACUGAAGAGGUCAGAGCGCUACGUCUUCUAAAGCUCGGCCUGAUGUGGCAGAUCUGAAAAAAACAGAGCGCCAUGUCGGAGCCUCCGGAUCCCAGCCAGGAGAUAGUGGAGUGGCUGUCCACCCUCCGUCUAUCCCAGUACAUCCCCUGCUUCCAAGAGGCAGGAUACCAGUUUCUGGAAGACUGCGAGGACCUCACAGACGAGGACCUCCUGGAGCUUGACGUCCUUCCAACGGGACAUCGCAGGCGCAUCCUCCGCAGUUUGGAAGCGCUAGGGGUGAACGCUCCUAGUGGUGGAUGGGAUGAAGAAGAAGAAGAGGAAGAGGAGGAAGGUGUACAGAAUGGGAGGCGCAGGAGGAAGCCAGUGCCACAUCCCAGACACAUCUUCCUAAAGGACAAGAAGAGGGGACAGUCGUGUCAGCACAAUCCGCCAAAGGACAAGUGGCAGUAUGAGACUGAGGGGAGUCAGACUCUACCUCCAGGAGCAGGACUGGGAAUAGAAACUGGGGACAGGAACCUCCCAGUACCUCAACCUGCCCCACGCCAUCCCCACAACAUCCAAACAUCCAAAUCUGCACCUUCCCUCAUCCCUCCUUCAGUGUCCUCCUCCUCCUCCAGCAGCAGCAGCGAGUCUCUCUGCUUUUCAGGAAUGCCCUCAGACUGGGAGGUUCAACCCGAGGACCCUCCUGAUGAUAACCCCCACCCAGUGACGACUGAACACCAGGGGGGGUUUCAGGGGGAAAUGGUGGAGAACUCCAUCUAUGAGACGCAGUCCAGUUUUAAGAAUCGUGCCGGUCCGCGGCCGACUCGCUCCUACAGGCUGAGGCACCGGCCCGUUCCCAAGAUCCCGAUUCAGACCAUCCUGCCAUUUCAGGACAAGAGCACAGCACCGGCGCAAACAACCAGCCCCGAACACGUCACCGGCUCCGAAGGUCCCCCCGGUGCAAACGGCACACAGAGAGCUUCACUUCCAAAGUCCUUGACGCCCAUCGCUCCCUAUGGAGAGACGUUCCUGUACAACAACCCCGAGAGCGCUGAGGGCCAAGCCGCUAAAGAAGGGCUGCAGCAGGGCUUUAAGGAGAAGAUGAAGCAGAGGAAGCUGAGAAAAAAGCCACCUAGGCAGGAGUCAAAGGAAAACGACUCCUCACCAGCAGCCAAAGAACCGGACCCUUUCAAAGACGAGUAUUCAACAGUGGACGAGUGUGCCGGCAUUUUGCCCCGAGCCGCUUCGGACAAAUGUUUCGCCCUGAACCCUGAUGGUCCUGCUCCUGGUCCGGCUGCCACCACUGGGCCCAAGGACGGCUCCAUGAUCAUGGUGGAGUGUGACCUCUACCAGGAGUCUGCGGAGGCUCUGGGGGGCGUCGCCAGGGAUGCCUUGCCCGACAUCUCCCCCUACGCCUGCUUCUACGGAGCGCCCAAACGCCAGGUGCUCAAAGUGGGAUGGCUGGACAAGCUGUCGCCUCAAGGAAAGUGUGUUUUUCAAAGGAGGUGGAUGCGGUUCGACGGCGAGAGUCUGGCCUACUACAACAACGACAAGGAGAUGUACUCCAAAGGGAUGAUCCUGGCCAGUGCCAUCAGACAGAUCCGAGGACUGGGCGACAAUAAGUUUGAGGUCGUCACCGCCCUUCGGACCUUCACGUUCAGGGCGGAGAGAGAAGGGGAGCGCCAGGAGUGGAUGGAAACUCUUCAGUCGGCCACGCAACCCCCCGCCUCCGGCUCCCAGAAGCCCCCCGACAGCCUCCUCCACCCCUCCUCCACAAACAAGCGAGGCCUGCUGGAGCUCCGCGGUUACAAAGGCAGAGUGCUGGUGUCCCUGGCGGGGAGUAAAGUCAGGCUCUGCAAAACAGAACAGGACUACAGAGCGGGACUGGCGAUCGCUCAGGUGGAACUCACUGCUGCCAAUAUCCGAGACGUGGACCGCAGAGGCUUCGAACUCAACACGCCCUUCAAGAACUUCUGCUUCACGGCCGAGUCAGAGUGGGAGAAGGAGGAGUGGAUUGAAGCGGUCCAGGAAUCGAUCGCCGAGACGCUCUCCGACUACGAAGUGGCCGAGAAGAUCUGGUUCGACGAGGCCAACAGGAGCUGCGCCGACUGCCGCGCCCCCCGGCCCGAGUGGGCGUCGGUCAAUCUGGGCGUGGUCAUCUGUAAGAAAUGUGCAGGACAGCACCGCUCCCUCGGCCCCAGCAUCUCCAAGGUGCGGAGUUUGAAGCUGGACAGCAGCAUCUGGAGCAACGAGCUCGUGGAGCUCUUCCUGGCCGUGGGGAACAAGAAUGCCAACAGUUUCUGGGCCGCUAACCUUCCCAUGGAGGAGGAGCUGUACGGCGGCGCCUCGGCGGAGCAGCGGGCCUCGUUCGUCCGCAGGAAGUACAGGGAGAGGAAGUACCGCAAGGUCCUGGAGGGCUUUCAGGACCUGGAGCAGCUCAACCAGGCGCUGUGUGCAGCUGUGGUGUCGCCCGACGUGCUGCAGACGAUGGCGCUGGUCUUCAGCGGGGCGGAUGUCAUGUGCGCCACCGGAGACCCGACCUACUCCACCCCCUAUCUCCUGGCUCAGCGUACCGGGCAGAAGCUGCAGAUGGAGUUCCUGCACCAGAACAAACUGUCUGAUUUCCCCCGACUCGAGCAGUGGUCGGAGGAUCCCUCGCUGUCGGACGUCUCCCUCUUCAUGGAUGGCUUCCUCUACAUCUCCUCUGGCCCCGCCAAGUCCACGCUGGACCGCCGCAGACGAGACGGGCCGUGUUUACCAUGGAGCUGUACCUGCAGACGGAGAGGGUCCUGACUGUCGGCGCCGAGACGCAGGAGACGCAGCACGACUGGACCCAGGCGCUGACAAAGUGCUUCGUCCCAUCUAAAGUGGAGGGCCUGGUGCAGAGGGACAGCGAGCUGAUCGGCCGGCUCUACUACAAGGAGGGCCACGACCUGUACUACUGGAGGAAGGGCUGGUUCAUGCUGGAGGGAUCGGCCCUGCACUUCAGCUCGGGGGACGAGGAGGACGAGGAGGAGGUGCUUCAUCUCAAACGGCUGCAGGAGCUCACCGUCUCCACGCACACCGAGGGUGAGGAGAAGAUCCAGGUCCUGCUGAUGGUGGAGGGUGGAAGAACCGUUUACAUCCACGGCUUCAACCGGACGGACUUUGACCUGUGGCACUCGGCCAUCACUCUGGCGGCGGGCACGGACGGCAAAGCCCUCGGCGACCAGCAGCUGACCAAAAAUGGAGUUCCCAUCGCGGUGGACAGCUGCCUCGCCUUCGUCACUCAGUAUGGUCUGUGCCAGGAGGGGAUCUACCAGAGGCCCGGGGAACCUGCUCGAGUUGCCCUCCUCCUGCAGGACUUCACCUGCAACGCCCGCGAUGUGAAGCUGAGGGAGAAGGAGCACCAGCUGGAGGACGUGACGGACACCCUGAAGAGCUUCCUGUCCCAAGGAGAGGACGCACUGCUGACCAAGGAGCUCUAUCCGUACUGGGUGUCCGCUCUAGACGAGAAGGACGAGAGGCAGCGAGUGAAGAAGUACUCGACUUUCAUAGAGAGCUUGCCGAAGAUAAACAGGUCGACCCUGGAAGCUCUGCUGCAACAUCUGUACAGGAUUCACCAGUGCUCCCACCUCAACCACAUGCCCAGCGACAAACUGGCCAGCGUCUUCUCCUCCUGCCUGUUCCAGACCCGGGGACAAACCCCGCAGGAGAGUGGCGUGGUCCGCGACCUCAUCAACAACUACAUCCCCCUCUUCAAUGUCAAUGAAGAGCAGGUGCAACAGAUGGAGAGAGAGAACAGCUUCAUCACACGCUGGAACGAUAAGAAGGACACCACGUUCUCUCCAGCUGGGGACCUGAUCUUCGAGGUGUACCUGGAGAAGAGAGCGCCGGAGAACUGCUGUUUAAUCAAGGUCUCUCCCAGCAUGAGGUCCGCGGAGCUCGUGGAAACCGCGUUGAGCAUGAGGAGCGUCCCCUGCAGCGCCGAGGACCUCUGGACCACCUUUGAGGUCAUCGAGAACGGAGAGCUAGAGCGGCCGCUGCACCACAGUGAGAAGAUCCUGGAGCAGGUGUUGGAGUGGAGCUCCUUGGACUUCCCUAGUUCUGCUUUUCUGGUCAUAAAGAGGUUUGCAGGGGCUAAAGGUGGAGCUGACGGGAAAGACGACCUAAAGCAGCUGGUGAGAGGCGACCCUCUGAAGUUCAAUGACGGCUCCACCAAACUGCUGUCGGGCCACAAGUUCCAGGACAAACACGUGGUGCUGUGUGCAGAGAAGCUGCUGCUCUACAGAGAUAUCAAAAGCACUAAAGCAGAGAAAGCAAUCCCACUCAAAUCUGUGAAAUGUUACCUGGGCCUGAGGAAGAAGCUGAAACCCCCGACCAGCUGGGGCUUCACCAUCUACUCUGACAAACACCAGUGGCAUCUGUGCUGCGAGAAGAGGGAGGCGCAGGUCGGCUGGGUGACGGACAUCAUCAGGAUGAAGUACAGUUCUGACCUCUGUUCAAAGACUGUCAACUCAAAAAACGCUGCAGAUCACAAAUCCUCCAGAGGGGGCGCUGUGGCUGAGGUCCGCAAGAUUUCACCUCACAACCUUAAUUCCAGGAAACCGGUCGACAGGAGGCCUUCUCUCGCUGGAGGCAACCAGGGCAGCACAGAGGAGGCCGGUCCUCACAAGAGCACCACAGCAAACUGUCCGAAGCCCAAUAUCCUCCUCAAGCCCCUGGACGCACUGCCCCCCCGACCCUGUGUGAACGCCGGGCAACCUCCGCGGCAUCAUUCUCCGUCCCCGGCCAGGCAACAGCCGCCCCUGCCUCUGCCUCUUCCCCCCAAAGGCGUCUGUAAGACCGUUAAAAGACCGUCUCUGGGCGGGGAGGGCAUGCUGCCGUCCAAUCUGCUGAGUGAGCUGAACUCGGUGCUGAACAAGACGGGCCGCGGUGCCAAGAGCGGCGAGAGGCCGGAGGAGAAGUGAGCAGGAGACGGAAAAAGUACUUUAAGGAUCAGUUGAGGAAACAUUACAGGCCCGAGAGCGGAAAGGGAAAAGUGUGAGAGACUGAUGAAUGCAGAUGGAGACGAGGGUGAGUUGCUUUUAUCAAGGUGGGGGGGGGGGGUCAUAGCCUGAAGAUGGCUUUGGAGCUAUCUAUAUAAAGCAGCGCUGAUGCACGAGGGGAUGUGAGAGGAGCCAGGUGCAGGUCAGGGAGACCUCAGCUGGACACGGCGCUGACCCAAGCACUACAACACAGGAUUUAUUCACCACUCUUCUAACAAGUGAGAUAAACACGUCCUGCCGUCAGAACUCAGACGUUUCCACACGCCUGCUCCCUUCUUCUACUUUUUCCGGCGCCUAUUUAAUACAAAAAACUAUUUUAUCCUCUUAUUUGACUCUUAAGGGAAAUCGUGUACCUUUAUUUUCUUAUUAGCACUUAUGCUGCAAAAGCUAUUUUAUGGAGUUGCACAUGUUAAAUAUAUAUAUAUGUGUUGUAUGUUUCAUUUUUAAUCGUAGUAUUGCGGUCCAACAUUUACACACACAAUUAAAACGUGUGGAAUAGUGCAGUGAAAAUCAAAAUAGAUGAGCUGGUUUAGAGCCCACUUUCCCAUUAACAGUAUUUCAGACUGGACAUGCUGGGCAACUUCCUGUGUAAUUAUUUAUUUGUAAUAUUUUGUUGUCGUUGUAGCCGUUAUAGGACCGUUUAGCUAUUAGCAGUAUUUUUUUUAAAUAAGACGCAUCAAAGUAAUUUUUAUGUACAGUAUGAAUAUGUUAAUAAACAUGAAAUAUGCUUAAA